UUAGAUGGUAAUAAUAAUAAUAAUAGUACCCAACGAUCACCCUCCUCCGCACAACCGACGCGAGGCGCGCAAUCCGCAAACGACCGAAAUUAGCGGAGAAAGUUUUUAAGCGUUGCGAUUUUAAGCUGCUCAGCUACAGAAUCAAAAACUUCCAACAGCCAUAAUUAAGAAUUAGUUUAAACACCCUUUUGUUGUGCACAAAUUGUUAGUUAGUGAGUUGUAGACAUUUCUUUGAAACAGCUGUGCAAAAUGUUUAAAAAGAGUGCAAAGAAGGAACCAAAUGAUUCCAAAGAAGCUAAAAACAACGCCCUGGUGCUACAGGAUCCACGCAUGAAAGUGCGCACUGCCACUGCGCAUUCGGAGACAACGAAUACGACCGAAAAAAGUGCAACGAUUUUCGACAAUGAAAAUAACAAAAUGACUCAUCAAACCGUCAGGCAAACGGUGACGAAUCAAAAGACUGCUCGCGUCACUGAGAUCUCAAUACGUCGUACACCCACUAAAGAGGAAUUGGCUGAGCUGUUAAUGACGUCUGGUCCCUUUCCGAAUUUCACCAAUCCUACAUCAUGGACCAAACAGGAGACUACAGUUACGCAAACAAAUGGCGGCACACAGACUUCCUUUCUGCAACAGCAAAAAAUGAAAUUCCAACAGUCGACUGGUACAAAAAUGGGGUCGGGUGCGUCGUGGAGAGAUUUCACCAGCAGUAAGCCAACAACAACAACGUUUAACGUUCAUGUCGAUAACUAUGCUCCACAGUCGAUGCUUAGGGCGCUGCCAGCGCUUCCCAGCUCAACGCCGCCGACUGGCUCAUCAUUGAUGAAACCCAUUCGCAGCACAACAACAACAACAAGCGUCUCUCCACUUGCAAAUAGUUAUAGUCGCAGUACAACAACAAGCGUCUCUCCACUUGUAAAUAGUUACAGUCGCAGUCAAAGUGGCAGCGGCAGUAAGUUGGCCAUCUCGAAAAUAGGUACGAGCUCGAGUGACACCAGUAUUGCAAGCAAAAGAGCCGCAUUUUUUAAUACCAAUACACCAGCAACAACAAUAACUCCAGCAUAUUCUAAUACUAAAUCAGCAACAACAAUAACGCCAAAUUAUGUGUCGCCUUAUGGCAAUAGCGCGUAUAGGCCACGUGACGCGAUUAGUUACACCAAACCCACAACCACCACCAGUUCUAUGUAUCUCUCACCAAUUUUGACCAGCACAAAACCGCUAACAACAAAGCCUUUAUCGCAAAGCAGCAGCUUUACGCCAGCGAUCAAGCCCUCGACGCAAACGUUGUCGCUGCCGCAAAAGUCACUAAGUGCCAGUGCAGUCCAAGUCAAGUCUAAUCUAAAGCCAGGUUACGCUGUGAUUUUCAAUACCGUGGACUUUGCGGACAAGACGCGAUUUGACAAGCGUGACGGCAGCGAUUAUGAUGCGAAGCUCAUAAAGGAAACAUUGCUGAAGUACAAAUUGAAUGUGGACACUAAAAAGAAUCCUACAGUCAACAAUAUCAAGGAUACUAUUAGGAAAUUAACAACAAAGAAUUUCAAAAAUUAUUCUUGCCUGGUAAUUGUUAUACUUAGCCAUGGUAGUGCAAAUGAUUCGAUUGCGGCCACCGAUGGCGUCUACAAUUUGAACGAAGUCAUACUUUAUCCAAUACUAGAUAUACCAACGUUGAAGGACAAACCGAAAAUAUUCAUUAUACAAGCCUGUAAAGGUGACCUGGUACCGGGUGAAUAUAAAACAGAUGCUUAUACGACACGCGGACCGCCAACUGAAAUAUUGAAAUGUUACAGUACUUUUGAAGGUUAUGUGUCAUAUCGCACCGACUCCGGCAGCCCAUUCGUGCAAGCCUUAUGUGAUGAAAUUAAGCUUAAAGGAGAUAAUACCAAUAUAGAGCAGCUCAUGAAGAACGCCAUAGCAACAGUGAAGACUAAAACAGCUGCAAAACAAGUUCCAAGCAUGACUACUACCCUCACAAAGCCGUUUGUUUUUGGAGAUUAUGUGUAAAUUUAUAAUAACUGUUACUAACUUUAAAAUUUUGACUGCUGGCGACAAUGUCUUACUUAUAAUGUACAAUAAAUAAUA